ACUCGCUUUAUGGUCCAGAUGUAACUUGUGCGGGCGGAGCUUCACGUUGAUCAGCAUUUAAAACUCUUUUGAUAAAGUGACUUGCCAUCAGAGAACAAAUAAUUAAACAAAAAGUACCCGAAGAGGAAUCCUAAGUUUUCCACGGAUAAGAAUAAUCCAGUUUGAAGAGAGGUGUAUUCGCAUCGGCCGCCGCAAGGUCGAUGCAUGAGUGAACACCUGAAGGACCCCAUGCUUUUUGAACAUCUUUGCAUUUGACAGCUACCUUUACUGGGUGUUAUUACAAUUACUGUACACCAGUGGGACUCUAAACUACUGACGUAUGGCUUUCUUUCCAACACACCAUCCUCAAACAACACUUAAACGAUGUCGCCUCGGGCUGUGUUGAGUAGGCUAGCUCGCUAGGUUGGCUUCCUCCUAGACAAACCAGGAGCAUCCUGCUAGCAUCCUGUUAGCAUCGCAGCUAGCAAGCCCAACUGGAAGUGAUUAAAAGUGAGGCAGUGAUCUCGUACGAGGUGAACCAUGGCAGGUGGCAUCACAGAGUCUGGGGAGCCCUACUCCCCAUUUGUGGGCCUGGUGUAUAUGUUCAACCUGAUCGUGGGGACGGGGGCGCUCACCAUGCCCCGGGCCUUCGCCACCGCCGGUUGGGUCGUCAGCCUGUCACUCAUCUCCUUCCUGGGGUUUAUGAGCUACAUGACGACCACCUUUGUGAUCGAGGCGAUGGCCGCCGCUAAUGCUCAGCUUCGCUGGAAGAGGAGGGAACAGGAGGAGGAGGACGACCCCGCCGACUCCACCUCGGAGGACUCUGAUGAUGACGUCAUGGUGCGCGGGCGUUCGGAGCCUGAGAGUCGGCCCAUCCUCUCCGUGCAGCGAUCUAGCGGCCAUGUGGAUCAGUUUGAGAUCGUGGAGCGGGUUGAGAUGGGACAAAUGGCCUCCAUGUUCUUCAACAAAGUGGGCGUGAACAUGUUCUACAUCUGCAUCAUCGUCUACCUGUACGGAGACCUGGCCAUCUACGCUGCCGCAGUGCCCAUCUCCCUCAUGGAGGUCGCCUGUGGAAACCACUCGUGCAGUGCCGGCACUGUGAAGUACAACGACACUGACCUCUGCUGGGGCCCCGUCACCAGGAACGACGCCUACAGGGUUUUCUUGGCCGCGUUCACUCUGCUGCUGGGUCCCUUUACCUUCUUCAACGCCCAGAAGACCAAGUACCUGCAGAUCCUCACCUCGCUCAUGCGCUGGAUUGCCUUCACCAUGAUGAUCAUCCUGGCGCUGAUCCGCAUCAGCAAGGGCCGCGGCGAAGGCCGCCCGCCCACGGCCUCGCUGGCGGGCGUGCCCAACCUGUUUGGCGUGUGCGUGUACUCCUUCAUGUGCCAGCACUCGCUGCCCUCGCUGGUCACGCCCAUCUCGGAGAAGCGGCGCGUGGGCACCCUGGUGGUGGUGGACUACGUGCUCAUCCUGUGCUUCUACACGCUGCUCUCCUUCACCGCCAUCUUCUGCUUCGACAACGCGCUGCUGCACGACAUGUACACGCUCAACUUCACCGACAACUGCGACGUGCUGGACGUGCCGGCGCUGCGCUACUUCCUGGGCCUGUUCCCCGUGUUCACCAUCAGCACCAACUUCCCCAUCAUCGCCGUGACGCUGCGCAACAACUGGAAGACGCUGUUCCACCGCGACGGCGGGACCUACCCCUGGGUGGUGGACCGCGUGGUGUUCCCGCUCAUCACCGUGGUGCCGCCCAUCCUCGUGGCCUUCGGCACCCACAACCUGGAGUCCCUGGUGGGCAUCACGGGGGCGUACGCCGGCACGGGCAUCCAGUACAUCGUGCCCGCCAUGCUGGUGUACCUGAGCCGGCGGCACCUGGAGCCCGUGGUGGGGCGCGACGUGGUCAACAAGCACCGCUCGCCGUUCCGCCACGCCUUCUGGGUGUGGUUCGUGGUGGUGUGGGCGGCGUUCUGUCUGGUGUUCGUCACGGCCAACAUCAUCCUGGACGACACCAGGAAAUGAGGAGGGCGGGGAGGAAGGAGGGGUUACUGUCGAUUCGGUUUGAUUCUCGAACCCGCGGCCUUACCUUACGGGACUGACCUGCUACAGAGUGUAACAGGAUGUGCCUUUUUUUUUUUUUAGGACUUUCAUUGCGUGUAAAUUCAAUCAGCUGGAGAUUACUUUAUCACAGACGUGUUGAGAGGGACCAAAGGUACCGCGGUGUUGGAUGCUGGAACUGAACAAAAAAAAGGGAAAAAAGCGGGUCAAGAAGGGAGAUUGAGCAUAACAUCCGUUAGCAGCUUAAGUUGCCACUUAAGUUCUGCGUUCGGCACAACUCGGGCCCUCCUCCGUAACUUCUGCCCUGCCUUGCUCGUGGGGAAGGGAACACGACUCUGCCGUGGGAAGGACCUCACGCAUCUUAACUAGAAAUGAACUGUAAUAAAAAAUACUAAAUUUAGCAAUCAGGGAUAAUCUCGCUUUUAUUGCUCGCUGACAUUCUGUGUUCUGUCUUCUUCAUUGACCGGAGUAGCGGCUCUAUCACACACACACACACACACACACACACACACACACAUCUACACAACUCGUAUGCAUGCAGCACACUCGCUUGCCUCCUGCUCUCGGUGACUGUCUGACAAAUGUAAGCGACAGCUGGGACGUGUCCCGUCUCCUACGCCUCUUCACUACACGUGUGUCUGUCGUUCACACACAGCGCACGGGCCUCAUCCCCUAAACCCGCUUACGAAUCCUCGCUCAGCCCUCCGUCUCCUAGACUCCAACAGACCAAACGGCUGAGUCACCUGUCCAAGGUGACAUCUGACCUUUGACCUUGAGGUGAGUUGAAGAAAUGCAGCUGGCAAAGGCUAGACUACUCUGCCCAGUCAGUAGGUGUCUUCGUAUUUUCGUUUAUUACCGACCCGGUUGCUAGGAUGGAUAUUUCCCGGGAGAGAGAUAUAUCGGCAUUUUUGUCAGCUGCCUUUUCAGUACCUUCACCCAGACGUGGGUUUUAUUUACGUCUUGUUCCUGCCCUACUCGAGGCCGGUGAUGUGGUGUCACUACUGCUGUGUCGAGGCUCUCAACUCUUGUCAAUGUUUAAUCCGUCUAUCUUCUGCCCUGGUGUUUGAGUCUGCAUCGUAGCCGUUAUCCUCGGGUAAGCUUCGCUGUGAACAUCCACCGGUGGCUUGGUACCGCUGGUGAACGAGAGCUGGAGAAGAGGACUGUCUGAGCUGUAGCCCAUCAUGUCGCGUGGCUAAUGGUACAUUGGUCAGCUAACUGUAUGUUAGUUAGCUAACUGUAUAUUGGCAAGUUAACUAUGUUGACUUAUGGGCUUUAGCUUAUGAUGUUGCAAUGUAGUAGCCUGUGUUGUAGCUCAUUGGAUUGUGUAGCUCUCAUUCAUUUUUACAUGCUUACUCGCUUAGCUAACUGCGUUGAAGCUUACUUGAUGGUAUGGCUCAAUAUGCAAACCUAAGUUGCUAUUUUCCUUACAAUAAUAAUUAUUACGACGACAAGUGGCUAUUGAGCCUCGUAGCUUUGGGCCACCUAAUUGUGAAUAAGGGAACUCUGUCAAUACAAUUUAGCAUUUUUUGCGGUGGUUUGCACACAAUUUACUUGGGUAUUUAUAUUUUACGUUUUAAAUACUACAACAUUGUAUAACUGCUGACAAAACAUUAAACUUGUUCAAUAUUCCUUUUUGAAAACUCGCAUGUUGAGCAACAUGCGAGUUGAGCACUUCCUACGUCGAAAACCUGAAGCCAGGUAGCCGUUUUCGGUGGUGGAUGGCUGCUAAUUACUGUCUAACAAGUUGAAUCCUGGGCACUUUUUUUACCGAUUUGUUUCCCCUCUAUUGUACAGCGUUGAGUGUGGUUAUCCCGUCGUAUCUGUAUUGUAUGUUUGAUGCUGAUGCCAGUGAUGUUAAAUGUGGCCUUUUGUAUUACAGUAGCAGUGUCUGUUAAAAUCUGUUACUCUGGCCCGUCUUUUGACCUGAGCAAUGCAUUCACUCACCCGUUUGAUUAUCCGUUCUUCUGGCUUUGUGUUCACCGGAUGAAUUCAGGUUAUCCUGGGUGUAAGGUGUAAGUGGUUAGUGUGGUAAUGCGCAGAUCAGUUCAUCAAUGGCCAAACUUGAGUCAGUAAAGGAAAAUGCACUCUCAAAUACAAUUCAUUCAUUAAUUUUUUGCAUUUGUGGGAAAGAAUGAGUUGGCGUUGAAAAUUGGGUUCUUGUUGCUCUUCUACUAGUAGAAAAACUUGCUAAAUUUGCCUUUUAUUGUCUUGAGCAGCUCACCGUCUUUCCUGUUUUUCCCUGAGUUCUCCUUUUUCCUUUCCAAAAUGGCUUCCCACUCACACCUGUACAGAAGCCAUUUCUGUUACCUUGACAAUCAGCCUCCCUUUCUGAAGGCGAGGAAAUCCUGUUUAUUUAUUGAUCGUUUCAUGCGUUUGUUUUCUGUGAUUUUGUAUGCUAUCGAGCUAUGUUCGUCUUUGCAUUUCUUUGUUUACAGCUAUUUCACCUUCCUGUGGUUCUACAUUUAAUGUCCAAGCACAUGUAUUCUGGUUUACAAUGCAUUGGGAAAAAUGUCAAUAAUAAAACCCUGACGUUGAAAAGGUC